AUGGGGAAAGUCUGUGGCCCCAGCAUCGACAUCGGGAACGACAUCAAUCUUGCUCAUCGGCGACAAAAACAACACAACAUCAACCAGGAGUUCUUCCGCUCGCUCAGCUUCCCAAAGCUCACCAUGGUCACCGACUACCUGCUGCUGUUCCGCGUCUCCGGCCUCGACAGCCUCAGCACGUUGUUUCCAAACCUCGCCGUCAUCCGUGGGCGAAACUUAUUCUACAACUACGCCCUGGUGAUCUUCGAGAUGACCAGUCUGAAGGACAUCGGGCUUCUCAACCUGAGGAACAUCACGAGAGGCGCCAUUCGGAUCGAGAAAAACCCCGAGCUCUGCUACCUGGACUCUGUUGAUUGGUCUCUUAUUCUGGACGCCGAGUUCAACAAUUACAUCGCCGGGAACAAACAGUCGAAGGAGUGCAGCGAUGUUUGUCCGGGCAUCAUGGAGAACAGCCCUCAGUGCAGCAAGACCAUGUUCAACAACAACUACAACUACCGCUGCUGGAACUCCAACCACUGCCAGAAAGAGUGUCCAGAGAGGUGUGCACGGCGGGCGUGCACGUUGGAGGGCGAGUGCUGCCACCCUCAGUGUUUGGGCAGCUGUUCUUCCCCCAGCAGCGACACAUCGUGCGCUGCAUGCGUUCAUUAUUUCCACCGGGGGCGCUGCGUGGCCGACUGCCCCCCCGGCACCUUCAGGUUCGAGGGCUGGAGGUGCAUCAGCGCUGAACUCUGCUCCAAAGUCCACCUGCCCGACUCCAACAGCUUCUACAUCCAUGACGGGGAGUGCAUGACCGAGUGUCCGAGCGGGUACAUGCCUAAAACCCUCAGCAG